GAACCUCUACAGAUUAAAGAGGAAGAGAAGGAAAAAGAACCUACACAGAUUGAAGAAACACAGGAAGAACCACAGCAGUUCAGGUUACACACGACAGCUUGCCCAGAACAGAAACCUUUUUCUUAUAAAGAAUGUGAGAAAGGUUUUAACCGUGUAUCAAAUCUCAAAAUAAACCUGAGAACUCAUGCAGGAGAGAAAGCUUUUUCAUGUAAAGAAUGUGAUAAAAGUUUCAAUCGAAUGUAUGGCCUCAAAAGACACAUGCAAAUUCACACAGGUAAAAAGCCUUUCACAUGUAAACGCUGUGAUACAAGUUUUAUUGAUGCAUCUCAUCUUAAAAAACACAUGAGAACUCACACAAGAGAGAAGCCUUUUUUGUGUAAAGAAUGUGACAAAAGUUUUAGUCAUAAAUCUACUCUUGAAACACAUCAAAGAAGUCACACAGGAGAAAAGCCUUUUUCAUGUAAAGAAUGUGAUUCGAGUUUUAAUCGAAAGUAUGGCCUCGAAAGACAUGUGAGAACUCACACAGGUGAAAAACCUUUUACAUGUAAAGACUGUAAUGCAAGUUUUAGUUAUGCAUCUCAUCUUAAAUCACACAUGAGAACUCAUACAGGAGAGAAGCCUUUUUUGUGUAAAGAAUGUGACAGAAGUUUUAGUCAUAAAUCUUCUCUCAAAACACACAUGAGAAUUCACACAGGAGAAAAGCCUUUUUCAUGUAAAGACUGUUAUACAAGAUUUAAACAUAAAUCUACUCUCAAAAAGCACAUGAGAACUCACACUGGAGAAAAGCCGUAUUUGUGUAAAAAAUGUGAUAAGCGUUUUAGUCAAGAAUCUACUCUCAAAAGACACAUAAGAACUCAUACAGGAGAAAAGCCUUUUUUGUGCAAGGAAUGUGAUAGGAGUUUCAGUCAAAAAUGUAAUCUUAAAAUACACAUGAGAACCCAUUACGUUAGAAAAAAAUUCUACCGAGAUAUCUAGAAAAUGAAAUCUUUAAGAAUUAAGUUUUUAAAAAAGUGAAUAUCAUAUGUAUAACCCCACAGGGACCACACUAAUAUGCCGAAUAACUCCAAACACUUGCCAAGACCUUACUGUGCUUUAAAUUAUCUUUCAGUCUCAGUCAGUAGAAAUAAAAUGGAUUCCAAAUCACUUUUACACAACUGUCUACACACAACCUGUGUGGAUAUUCUGCUUUUAAUUUCCAGUAAUACUUUUAUCAUUCUCUCUGUACUAAAGGAAUCUAAAGCUGUUUAUCUCUAAACAUCAGUUACUGUGUUUCAUCAACUAUCAAAUUUCUCUGACCUGAACCCAAUAAAAAUAUCUAUGAACUGUUAAGAGGAAGAUGAGACAGCAGACACAAAAAGGAAGUCAGCUAUCAAAUGAACCUGAGCUUUUAUUCCAUGAACACAGAGCCACAGGCUGAUGGCCUCCAUACCACAUUGAUGCAGUCAUUCAAUGAAAAGGAGGAACAAUUAAUUAUUGAAUGGAGACAAAAGAACAGUUUUCUGAAAUCUGACAUGUGCUGAAAACAUCCUUUUUGAUUAUUUUGAUAUAAUAUUCUUAUUUUCUAAGACUAUUUUUAGGUGUUUAUCAUCUAUAAGCCACUAUGAUCACAUUGCUCAAAAUAAAGGAUUGAUGCAUUUUAU